CUUAAGAAAAGUAGUCGUAUAAAAGAACGAGUAACGUGAAAACAAUUUGAUUAAUCGUAUACCUAAAGAAUUUUCCACACUGUUUUUCUUGUAAAAAGAGAAAUUAAUUGUGCAAAAUCAUACAAAGUGAAAAUAUAGUUAGAGAUUCUGGCGAAAUUUGCCCAAAAAGUUUAAAAAUUAAGCGAAAAUCACUGGUGGUUAUAUAUAUGUAUAUUUCCUUAUUAAUGCCCGUGUCAAUAAUAUACGCAAAAAUGAGUGAUUCAGGUGACUUUGAACAUUUAUAGAAUAAGUGGAAACGGGACGAAGAAAAGCUUGCAAGUUUUUAAUAGGUCGGGAAAAUACGUAUUGGAAAAGUUUUAAAUAUCUACCGUAGCAACAAACAGUACCCAUAGUAUACAAACAAAGCGCAUUGUACGGCCAUUUUGAAUAUUUUGGCCUUUUGCUUACCAGCUUGUUUAGUUUUCAUUGUGAACAAUUAACAAGUCCAGUGUGCCAUAACUUUAACGAACGCAAUUAUAUAAUAUCCUAUUUUAAAAUUAUAUGUGUGGACUUAUAUACAUAUAAAUAGAACAAAGACUUUCCUUUGCCCAAAGUGUAAUGUUUACUAAGCAGUGCGAUCACAUCAAGUUGUAUAACACAAAGGUAAAGCGCGUUAUUAAAAAAAGACUACUUGUUCAUCCAUCUACGAUGUUUAAAAACACAAACAUAUGUGAAGAUUCGAUUGCGGCAAUGAUAGUAUGCACAAAUCAGCAAUUGAGAAACGCAGCCAGAGUCCGAAUUGCUAGCCAACCGUCGAGAAUAAGAGUUUGCGUUUAGAUAGACCAUUGCAAAGUCACUGCGUGAGUCGUCAGCAUAAUUAGGCCUAUAAGUUAUAUGCAUCGUUAUAGUAAAAGAUUACAAAACGGUAUAUAAAUCGUGAAGCCUACAGGAUCAACUACAAUUCAAUAGUUACGCUAUCCUAUAAUUGAAACGGUCACAUUAAUUACCAUAUAAACAACUAGCUGUUAUACUCAGCAACAAACACCUUUGCAAGAUGAAGUUGUUAGAGAGCUCGCGCUUUGAAGCCAUCAAUAACGCUUUGUCAAUACAGACAGGCGGGAGUACCAUUUUUGGACGUAUUGAGAGCUAUUCAUGCAAAAUGGUCGCCGCAGAUAAAGCUCUCUACAAGAGGUUUACCGCCGACACGCACGGUGUCGGUCCACAUGACUUGCAAGCACUUUCGCCGCCACAAACUUUAGCUGAUCUUUCACCAAACUUCCAUCGCAACAACAGCCAAUCUGGAGAUGAAGGGAUAAUACUUUGUGAUACUAUCUCUCGCAAGACACUUUUUUACUUGAUUGCAACUUUAAAUGCUUCGUUUGAGCCAGACUAUGACUUUUCCGAUGCAAAGUCUCAUGAAUUCAGCAAGGAGCCUUCGCUUCAGUGGGUGAUGAAUUCGGUUCAUUCGAAUUUAUCUGCAUUAGCUGGUGAUCAGUACCAAGUUUUGCGUCAACCGCUAUGGACUGCAGUUGAUGAUGAAAUUAACCUAUCUGACUGUGACAUUUACAGUUACAAUCCCGACUUAAGUUCGGAUCCGUUUGGAGAGCCUGGAUGUUUGUGGUCAUUUAAUUACUUUUUUUACAAUAAAAAGUUGAAACGUAUCGUCUUCUUCACAUGCCGCGCCGUAAAUUCAAUUUACGCAGGUGAAACAUCCGAUUUUUCUAUGGAAGAUGAUGUAUAUUAAACACAUACAUACCUACAUACUUUGAAAAGCGGUACAUCGCAAUAAGAAAAUAUCAACCAACCGACACUUAAUAAACUAACAAAAAUUGUGUUCGAUAACAAAAUUAGCCAUCACCAACUAUCGAAAUCAAGUGCGUAUGCGAAAAUCCUCUACAAAAUUAGAGGAAAACCAAAAAAGUUAACGGACAGAAAACUAGCCAUCACUUGCAAAACCGGAAAAGGUCAUACCAGCUGACUUUGUUUAUGUUGUGAGUGUAAACAAACAAAUUCAUGCUGAGCCCAUGGAA